AUGGUCAAUAAUAAAGGCUUCUUGCCAUCAGGACCUUCAGAAAUACAUAUACAAAGAAAUCAAAUCAAGGAUAUCAUUGAUUCUUUGCUUCCUGCAUGCCACAGUCAUUACCCAGAGUCUAAUGCAAUAUUUGAAAUAAUUGCCAAUCCUCCAGCAUAUGGGCAUACACAUGUUGCUGAAUAUCUAAAAGUUCCACUUCACAUAUUCUUCACAAUGCCAUGGACGCCUACUAGUGAAUUCCCUCAUCCUCUUUCCCGUGUUAAGCAACCAAUUGGCUACAGACUGUCAUAUCAAAUAGUUGAUGGUUUAAUCUGGCUUGGAAUACGAGACUUGAUAAAUGAGUUUUGGAAGAAAAGGCUGAAGCUAAAGCCCGUUACUUAUCUAAGUGGAUCUUACACUCACCCUUUUGAUGUGCCCCAUGGUUAUAUAUGGAGCCCUCACUUAGUCCCUAAACCAAAAGGUUAG